UCACUUAUGAUUACAUUGAUUAAGCUUCUAAUUAUUUUAAACCAUUCAUACGACGCUGAAAGAGCUAACCAUGCUGCCAGCUAGGUUUGGGCUCCUACAAAAAAGUCUCAAGUCUAUCCUCUGGUGUCUGACCAUUUUUGCAGGUUUCAGUCCUCUGCAACUGGCAAUCAUUAAAAAGAAAAGGUUAAAAAGCCUGACACCCACUGAAAACACCGAAAAAGUGAUCUUCACCCAAAAACUAAUUGACGGGCAGAAAGAGAGAAAGGGUAUUUCAGUCUUUCUUUAAUUAUACUAGUCUUCUUCACUUCUAUAAGAACCAAACCAGAAGCGGCGGAAUCCCAUCUCUUCCCUCACUCAAAAAAUGGCUUCUCCUUUGUAUUUUUCUUUGUUCUUUUUUGCUAUCCUUUAUCUCUUAUGCACCUUUGCUAAAGCUACUCAGCCUGGUCUCUUCUUAACACUUGUUAACAACUGCCCUUUCACUAUUUACCCUGCUAUCCAACCCAACGCUGGCCACCCUGUCCUUGAACGAGGCGGCUUCGCCCUCGAAACCCUGACUCACCGUUCCUUCCCUGCACCCACCGUCCACUGGUCUGGUCGUAUCUGGGCUCGAACCGGAUGCACUCACUCCAAUGGCCAUUUCUACUGUGCCACGGGAGAUUGUGGCCACCGCAUAGAGUGCAAUGGUCUCGGUGGCGCCACCCCCGUCACGCUGGCACAGUUCAGCCUCCACCAUGGUGGCCACAAAGACCUCUCUUCCUACGAAGUCAGCCUUGUAGAUGGUUUUAACCUCCCCAUGACUGUGACCCCACACGAAGGCAAAGGCCUUUGCCCUGUCGUUGGCUGCAGGGUUAAUCUGCUAGCCACAUGUCCCGACAAGUUACAGCUUAGGUCGCCGCCGGGUCAUGGUCCAGUUGUGGGUUGUAAGAGUGGAUGCCAAGCCUUCGGCACUGACGAGCUUUGUUGUAGGAACCAUUACAACAGUCCUCAAACGUGUAGGGCUUCUAGUUAUUCGGACUUUUUCAAACACGCUUGUCCUGCCACGUUUACAUAUGCCUAUGAUAGGCCUUCGCUCAUGCACGACUGUUCUUCCCCACGUGAGCUUAAGGUUAUCUUCUGCCACUAGUGAAGACAAUAAACUUUGACCUACUUUCUUGUUCCAGCUGAGUUCUUGAGACAGAUUUUAAGCAAACAACUUAAGAUGAGGAACUUCAGUUAUGUUAAUUUCUAGUAUUAUGUUAUAUUCUGGUGUAUGUUUGUAAGUUGGGGUUGAAGAAUUAAUGGUGUUGAACUGUAAUUGUUGAGAAUCUGUUUAAAUGAAAUGAAACGCGUGUUGUUUUUCAUUUUUCUUUCCUUUUCUUUUGAACAUAAAAAAAAAGAGAGUAGAUUUUGAUUUUCAUUCAAAAGUAAAGAUGAAAUGCACUUUUCAAAUCUGGAGCUUAGCAUCAAGUCAAAACAAUGGCAUAUUCCCUUCCCUCUCUAUUUUCUCUCUCUCAUCUUCCCUAAAUCUUCUUGAUGCCUUAAAAGCAUUGUCCUGAAAAAGACAAAACAAAAACUGAGUUCCAUCAUGUAAAAAUUGUCCAAGAUGAUGGAUAGCCACAUAAAUAUUGGAGAGUAGUGUGGUUUGGCUAUACUGUUUUUUGUUUUUUUUUACGGGAGGGACUCGAAUCUCUACGGAGACAAUGGAAACCGAUCAAGGAGUACCAAGAAAAAUGGUGCACCAUGCAUUUGAUAAGACUUUUUUUUGGGCUCUUUUUUCAAAAUUCCUUUCUUCUCUUUCAUGCCUGUGUUAAAGCUCCUUCACGUGAAGUGUUUCCUUUCAUACCGGCCAGCGC